AUUUAACUCUACUAUCAAUGGGUGAUGACUCAAAUGAUACAAAAAUAUGGAUAAUCACAUGCAUUAUAGUGUUUCUUUUAAUUGCAAUGAUAGUAUUCAUAGUUUUACAAAGAUUCCGAAAAAAAAAUAAAAGUAAAAAGCUAGAAGAAGAAAUCAAUAAAUUAUAGUAGUAUGUCAAUUCUUGCGACAGAAAACUUGAAAGUCGGGGUGAUAAUAUAAAUACAUAGCCAUAAUUAUAAAAUUAAUCAAGCUCAUUUACAAAAACAAACCCUAUUUAUUAAUAAGAUUAAGAAGGUUCAAGUAAAAAAAAAUAAAAAAUAUUUUAUGAUCUUGAAAUGGAUAAGUUAGAGAGGGAAAUCAUAAAUCAAGAUUCUUAUUCUCCGAAUAGCAAUGAAAAAGGAAAUUCAGGAAAUUAAAAUGGAUAUAAAUAAACUCUGGGAAUUAAGAAGAAAAACUUAUAAAUUCAAAUCCCUUAAGAUUGAUAUUAAGCAUCAUACAUUCUAUUAAUUUUCAAAUAAGAUUUAUAAUUGGAUUUCAAGAGUGC